UGCUUAAUGUUUUGUUGACUGCCGAUCACACACUGGCGAUCGUGUGUGGAUUCGUUCAUUACUUUUUCUCCGUCACUGACACAAAAAAGGACCAAUCAUGGGUCAAAGUGUAGUAUUUAGGAGGCGACUGUCCUACAACACCAAAAGUAACAGGAGGCAUAUGGUACGCACUCCCGGUGGACGGUUAGUAUAUCAAUACUUAAAGAAGCCAAAGCGUGUACCCAAGUGCGGUAACUGUAAAAUCAAGUUACAUGGUGUCAAGCCAGCUAGGGCCAUUGAGAAGAGUCGUAUGUGCAAGCGCAAGAAGACAGUAAAACGAGCAUACGGAGGAGUUUUAUGUCAUAGCUGUGUCCGUGAAAAGAUCCUCAGAGCGUUUUUGGUCGAAGAACAGAAAAUUGUUGUUAAAGUUUUACGAUCCCAGAAGAGUUCAACUAAAACCAAGUCUAAAACCUCUAAAUGAGUAGUUUAACUUAAUCAAUUUUCAAAAUAAAUGUUAAUUUUAUAACAGACUAUAUUUUCAUCUAUCUAACCAUUUUUUCCCUAUACACUAUUUUACUAUUAUAUGCCUUUGAGCAUAAACUAUGUGGACAUUCAAAAAACAAAAAUGUUUAAGUUCUGUGGGUAUAGUUGACGAACAGUAUAUUUAACUAAAAAGUUUAUAAUUAAUUUGGAAUAAAAUAUUACAUUCAUUCAGUAAAA